UCCUGGCUGAACACACCAGUCUGAUACUUAAAGAGAGCAACUCCUGGCUGUAAUAGAGACUGGCUGGACCAGCAAAGAUGACAGGUCGAGAGGAAUGAGUCUUUGCUCAGGCACCCUCCCAGCACCAUGUGAGAAAGCUGCUGACAGGCAACCCGACCCACUGGAGAGAAUCACUUCCUCUUUACUGUCCGAGUUGGUCCCAAGUGCCAGGAAGAUGGAACCAAGCUUGCUGAUGUGGGGAUUAUUCACAUUCAUCAUGGUACCUGGCAGCAUGACAGAGUUUUGUGAUAAUGAACCACCGGAGAUCAGUUAUGCCACCUUCAAAGCCUUGUCCUUCGUUAACGGCACCAUGUUAACCUGCGAGUGCAAGAAAGGGUUCCGCAGAAUACAAAAUGGGUCUCCCUAUAUGCUUUGUACGGGAAACUCUUUCUGGGAAAACAAGUGCCAGUGUGUAAGCUCUCACCCUAGGAACACAGGGAAACAAGUUACACCUCAACCUGAAGAACAGAAAGAAGGGAAAACCACAAAAAUGCAAAGCCAAUUGCAGCCUGUGGACCAAGUGAACCUUGCAGGUCACUGCCAAGAGCCCCCUGCGUGGGAACAUGAAGACACAAAGAGAACUUAUCAUUUCAUGGUGGGGCAGACACUUCACUAUCAGUGCAUCCAGGGGUACAAGACCCUACACAGUGGCCCUUUCCUGAGCGUCUGCAAAACUAUCCGUGGAGGAACAAGGUGGACCCGACCCCGGCUCACAUGCCUGGAUGAAAAUGAGCUCCAUCUGUUUACAGGUGAAGUUGACAUUCAAACAAGCACAGAUGAUCUUCCUGAGAGUGAGACUUACCACACCAUCACCACAACAGAUUUCCAACAACACUCAGAAGUAGCAACAACCAUGGAGACGUUCUUGUUCACGAUGGAGUACCAGAUAGUAGUGGCCGGCUGUGUCUUCCUGUUGAUCAGCAUCUUGCUUCUGAGUGGACUCACCUGGCAGCGGAGAUGGAAGAAGAGUAGAAGAACCAUCUAGAAAACCCAAAGUGGUGAGAAGCCAAGAACAGCCAACAGAAGUCAUGAGGCAGAAGCAAAGUCAGAGAGGUCAAACGCUCAUCUCGCAUCUCGCAUCUCACAUCUCUUGGCUUUGGGGAACCUCUGGAUUCACAUCACAGGACAUCAGGAAGCUGCUGCCAUAUCACUAAGACAAUCUGUACCAUCAAAGAGGGAGACCUGCCCACUUCUAUCCAGAAUUUCCAAGGUCUUUAAAGGGAAACGGAACUCUUUGACUUAUCUUUGUGGACAUGGGUUGAUUAAAGAUAGAACAGCAUGGAAUGUUCUCCAUAUCCUAUACAAUAUAAAGUAACUUUGUGUUGACUUCAUCCCAAUUUCCCAGUUUGGAAAUCCCAGGUAAAGCCUUAGCACUAACAUAAGUAGUCUCCCUCCCAUGCCAUCCCGUGCGCCUGGAUCUCAUCUGUGGGGACCUUUCCCAGCUCCGGUUGGCUAGUCCAUUCUGAUCACUUUGUUUACUAAACAACCUUUAAGAACUCUGGGCUGGCGACUAGCACACUGAGCCUAGCUCAAUACUGUAGCGCAAACCUUUUCUUUUGAGGCUUCAGAUUUGAAUCUCUAAAGAAAAAAAGCUGUGGCAGAAUCAUUUGUGGAAAAUAUCAAAAUAAGGCAGCUAAUCCCUUGGAAUUGUGAAGCUUCAAUAUUGGAGAGGAUUCGAGAGGAUUUCAAAUAUUGAAUGCUAGUGUCAGGAACAGGAGGGUAAACUAUGUUCCAGAGAAUGAAUUAUACUUAUCAAAAUACUUUACUUGUAUCUUAUUAUCAGGACUCUUUAAGAGUUGGCUUCUUUGGGAUUGCUGUAAAUUACACUCAGAGCUGGGCCUACACUAAUUUGAUGUUUACUGGUAGACACACAAUGUACAAAUGUGCACAUUUCCCAAUACAUGUCAUAAAAACACUGAAAAAGGAUCAGUUCAUUCAAUGUUGAUGGAAGGAAGGAAGUGAAUGGGGGAAGUGAUACUGAUAAAAUUUUGCGGUAGAAAAGGUGCCCCUGUGGUCCUCAACUGUUACCCAAAAGCUCAGCAAGUCAGAAGGCUUGGAGGCCUUCUUAAAACAGAUCGCUGGGCCCACCUCUGGAGUUGCUGAGUCAGUAGAUCUGGGAUUUUUAUUUCUAAUAAGUUUCCAGGUGAUUCUAAUGGUGCUGGUCCAAGGAACCAGCUGAGAAUCAGUGUGCAUUCCGUGUGCCCACCCACCCUCAACUGCUAGUGAAAACAUCAGCUUCAGGUGCUGAGGCCUCUGAGCAUUCUUCUUCAGUCUCAUAAGAGAUAUUUCUUCAAACCGGUUGGCUCAGAUGUUCAAAUUUAACAUCAUGUGAUUUCAUGAGAUUAGAGAGAAGUUUGAACUAUCAACCAGUUUUCAUUUCUGGAAAGGCAGAAGAAUGUGUGUUUAGGCAGGACGUGGUGGAGCAUGACUAUAAUCCCUGUAAGUGGGAAGGCUGAGGCAGGAGGAUUGUAAGUUCAAGGCCAGCUUCAGAAACUUAGUGAGACCCUCUCUCAAAAUAAAAAAAUUAAAAGAACUGGGAUGUAGCUCAAUAGUAAAGCACCCCUGGGUUCAAUCCACGGUACCAAAAAAUAAAUCAAUAAUAAAUAAGAAUGAGCUAGUUUCACCAGGACCUACAUUCAGAUUUUUUCUAUGAUUAGCCAAGUACAAAGCAGACUUUCUUUUUCAUGCUCCCUUUCCCAAAUAUAGGCUUUCUAGGUAAAUUAAAUUUGAGAGGCAUCUCAGACAAGAAUUUUAAAAUAUAAUAUUUUUAAAAAAUUCUUCCUUGAGUAAAACUGAAUUGUAUGAUCAUUACUCAUUUUGGAAAAGAGGGGGCUAUUACAUCAACAUUUUUUUCUUAUUAAUUUCAGAUUUACUUACCUAUUUUAUUCUCCCUCACUUAUGACAAUAGAAAUAACAAAUUUGAAAUAAGAAAACGGUUUAUUCUGAGCCAACACAAGCCCUGGGAACACCAACUCAAAUUAAUGACAUGAGUUCCCAAAGCACAGGGUUCCCUAAGGACAUGAUCCUCCCGGAAAGAGAUUACACAAGUAUUUUAUAGUGCCAAUAAAGUAGGUGGGGUCCCCAGGCGAGCUACAAAAUGGUAGGGAAAUCUUCCACGGUUUUCAAUAAAGCAGGGGAAUCUCCUCCAGGAGUCAAGUACCAUCUCAUUAUUAGUCUGAAAAUUAAAUAGUGGUCCAUGAAGCUUAGCAGACAUUUACCCAGUGGUCACAAAAAUGCUAGGUUGGGCACAGAGGCCCGUGAUACAUGGCUGUAAAAGGAGCCUAAUUAAAUCAUCCAAUACAACUUAAGCUUCUUAUGACAUUUCAUCUCUCCACAAGGUCACAACACUCCAAUCAGUGAGAUUUAAACCAUCUGGGAGCUCUUAAAUACAGACAUGGCCUCUUUGAGGACUCUUCAGUUCACACUCAGAAGUAGUGGAAUUUUCAAGAAAUCACAUGCUAUGUGAUGAGUUCAUAUCAUGAGUUCAUUUCCAUUGUUGAUGAAAGAAUGGAUAAAUGGUAUUGUAAUUUUUUCUUGUUUUUAGUUUUUAAGUAUGGUAAAUAUCAACAGAUAUAAACCUACACAAACAAAAGCUCUUUGGGAUCCUCCCAAGUUUGUAAUAGCUUUAAUGUUUUUAAUUAUUUUUUAUUCUAACUUGUUAUAUAAGACAGCAGAAUGCAUUAAAAUUCAUAUUACAUAUAUGUAGAGCACAACUUUUCAUAUCUCUGGUUGUACACAAAGUAAGUCACACCAUUCGUGUCUGCAUACAUGUACUUAGGAUAGUGAUGUCCAUUUCAUUUCACCGUCUUUCCUACCCCCAUGCCCCUUCCCUUCCCCUCCCUCCCAUUAGAUAAACUCUACCUAGAGUUUGUCUAUUUCUCCCAUGCUCCCCGCCCAACCCUAUUACGAAUCAGCCUCCUUAUAUCAGAGAAAACAUUCAUCAUUUGGUUUUGGGGAAUUGGCUAACUUCACUUAGCAUUAUCUUCUUCAACUCCAUCCAUUUCCCUGCCAUGAUUUUAUUCUCUUUUAAUGCUGAAUAAUAUUCCAUUGGGUAUACAUACACGUUUUCUUUAUCUAUUCAUCAACUGAUGGGCAUCUAGGUUGGUUCCACAGUUUAGCUAUUGUGAAUUGUGCUGCUAUAAAUGUUGAUAUGGCAAGAGGGCCUGAUGAAGGACUAGUGAGAAAAUCAAUUGCACAGGUAUUUCAAAAAGACGAAAUUUAAAACUACAAGAAAAGCCAGUGUGGUGGCACACACCUGUAAUCCCAGCAGCUCAGGAGGCUGAAGCAGGAGGAUCACAAGUUCAAAGCCAGCCUCAGCAACAGCCAGGUGCUAAGCAAUUCAGUGAGACCCUGUCUUUAAAUAAAAUACAAAAUAGGGCUGGGGAUGUGGCUCAGGGGUCAAGUGCCCUUGAGUUCAUUCCCUAGUCCCCCCCCCAAAAAAAAAAAAACCUUCAAGGAGAUAUCACUUUAUGCCCACUAAGGAGACUUUAAACAAAAGAAGGAGAAGAACCCUCAUAAAGUUCUGGGGGCAGAGUAAAUGGUGCAGCCACUGUAGAAAAGAGAUUGAGGGCUCCUCAAAUCACUAGGCGUAGAAUUAUCCUCUGACUCCACAAUUCCACUGUUAUUCAUGUUCCCAAAAGAGAAGUGUCCAAACAGAAACAUGUACACAACUAUUUCUGUUGUGUGCAUGCCAAAAGGUGUUCAAUCCAAGGGAACUUUUCAGGCACUAGAGAACAGGAGAGGUGGGGACAACUAAAGGUAUUAAAUAACCCAACAGGAGACAGUAAAACCUAGAUGACCUUUAAAGACUGCACACCGUUGGGUAUUCAUCCAAAGGGGAAUGCAGGGCUAGGGGGACCACAAGCUCUGGAGGAUACAAUGCUAACUGUACCGGACCUGGGUGUGCCUGCUCCUCAGACACCCAAUCUUGCAAGAGCGUCAUUAAAGCCUCUAUUUUUUGCUACA